AAUCACAAAACCAGUUGGGCCAAUUUAUUUGCAAAGGUCCAAAUUGGGAAGAUCCGUUUCGAAAUUGGGCAUUUGGAAAUCUGGAGAGAGAGAUAGAGUUGUCGAAAGCAAAGUGAAAGAGGGCGCCCAAAACGAGAGGAGAAUGGGAGAUCAAAAGGUGGAAUUUCCAGUAAUCAAACCUAAGCAUAAGCUUCAAUUCAAUCAUCUCAAAGGAAUCGAUCUUAUUACUGUACCAAAUUUCUUCACAUCUUUUGAGUCAGAGGCAUUUGUCAAAGCUGCAGAGUCACUUGGUUUUGUGCACCAAGGGAGUCUUGGACCAGCUAAAGGUGAAGCUUAUAGAGACAAUGACCGGAUAUCCGUGAAUGAUCCUCAUCUUGCUGGUGUAAUUUGGGAGUCGGGACUUAACAAUCUGUUUAGAGAUAUCAAAAUACGUGGAAAAGCUGCCGUUGGGCUUAAUCCAAAUAUCAGAUUCUACAGAUACAAGGCUGGUCAGCGUUUUGGGCGUCAUAUUGAUGAAAGUGUUGAUCUUGGUGGUGGGAAGCACACACACUAUACACUAUUGAUAUAUCUAAGUGGCGGUCCUCAACCUAAAGGCAAAAGUGAUGUCAAGAGCCUAGGUAAUACAGAUCCCUUAGUUGGCGGUGAGACAGUAUUUUAUGGUUCAAGAAACAAAGUGGUGGCUGAGGUGGCUCCUGCAGAGGGGAUGGCGCUCGUUCAUAUUCACGGAGACAAGUGUAUGUUGCAUGAAGCUCGGAAUGUCACUAAAGGGGUCAAGUAUGUAUUUCGUUCAGAUGUAAUUUUUGCUUGAACCAGCUAAGCAUCAUAAUUAUUGUUAUUAUCACGCAAUACCAAAGCCGUCUGUUGCCUUCUAAUUGUCAUUAUAGUAUCAUGAUUUACAAUGUAUAUGGUGAUGUUGUACAUUAUUUCAACUUGAGUGAUUGAUUUUGAAUUUUGGUAGA